AGCUGGAAGAGAGCUGCGGGGGAAAAGGUGCUGCGGCAAGGAACUCGGAGCUGUGGGCUGGGAUCUGAUUGAACAGGUUAAGACAACAACGAGCAGCAUCCAAACCAAUGUGCCUUUUGAAUUAGAGCUUUUCUUGAAGGUGGGGAAAGACUGCAAACCUUUUGCUGCCGACUGGAUAUUAGUAUUUGUCAGCUGUUUGCAUACUGAUUAUCCACAGAGGAUCUAUUACAAGUGCUCAAAUGAACAGCCAGUGUUGCAGCUAGCAGCUAAGCAAGGGCUGCAGUUUCUUACUUUUUCUUUUUUUAUAAGCAACAGACAACUGCAACAUGCCUGGUGCAGUUACUGCCCUCCGACAAGAGAGACUGAAGAAAAGUACCAGGCCAAAUCCUCUGGGUUUAUUCACCAUUAACGAAGAGGAUGAGCAGCAAAAGAAUGGGAGUUCCAAAAUACUGAAAGGAGCUGAAGGUUCUAAAAUACAAGACAAGAAAGUCACUUCAGGACAAAGUAACACCGGAACUAAGCCAGACCAUCCAACAAUACUAAGGGUUGAUGACAGGCAACGCCUUGCUAGGGAACGGAGAGAAGAACGAGAAAAACAGCUAGCUGCAAGAGAAUCCAUCUGGUUAGAAAGAGAAGAGAGAGCCCGGCAACAUUAUGAAAAACACCUAGAGGAACGCAGAAAGAAGCUAGAAGAGCAGAGAUUAAAGGAAGAGAGAAGACGCGCUGCUGUAGAAGAAAAGCGAAGGCAGAGAAUAGAAGAAGAUAAGGAACGCCAUGAAGCUGUUGUACGUCGCACAAUUGAAAGAAGCCAGAAGCCAAAACAAAAGCAAAACAGGUGGUCCUGGGGAGGAGCACUGCAUAACCGCAUUAAUAACACAGAUCCAGACAGGAGGUCUGUUUCAACAAUGAACCUUUCGAAACAUGUUGAUCCAGUCAUUAACAAGCGGCUCUCCUCCUCAUCUGCAACAUUACUAAAUUCUCCAGACAGAGCUCGCCGCCUACAGCUCAGUCCAUGGGAGAGCAGCAUCGUUAGCAGGCUUCUGACGCCCACUCACUCAUUCCUGGCCCGAAGUAAAAGCACGGCUGCAUUGUCUGGAGAUGCAGUUAUCCCCAUUUGUCCCCGUUCAGCAUCUUGCAGCCCCAUCAGUCCUCUGUCCUACAAGGCCAUGAGCUGCAGGAAUUCAGGAGACCGAGCAAAACUUUAUGCCUCUACCGAUGCUGUUGGACGCAGGAGAACAACGCAUCUUGCAGGGACUGACAAAAAGGAAAAGGAGAGAGACCAUUUGUCAUCCAGCCUCUCAGCCAACUUUAAAGGAGGUCACUUUUCUUCCAACCCCAAAGCUAGAUCACCAGCUCCCUCUCCAGUUUGGCACGCAUCCAAGUCUUUGCCUUUUUUGCCUGGCACACCCAGGCAGGUAACUUCCCCACCUGGUUCCUCCAAAGUUUCCUCUGCUCAGGCACGUCCUCCUUCCCCUGGCAACAUUCGGCCGGUCAAAAAAGAGGCCAAACCAGAGGGUGAGAAGAACAGACCAGAAAAGGAGGCUGAAAAGGCCAACGAGGAGAGGACAGAAGAGAGUAAAGGAACUUCAGCAGGUGCCAGAGAAUCUGCAAGUCAGGAAGAGCCCACUGUCCAGGCAGAGCUUGCUCAAGCCAACCCGUCCCUGCCUCCUGCUCCUCCAGCUAUUUCCUCACCCCCAGUCCCCCCAAAGACCUCUGCAGGUACAACUGACCCCGAAGAAGCAACAAGGCUGCUGACUGAGAAGAGGCGCCUUGCCCGUGAGCAGCGGGAACGGGAGGAGCAAGAAAGGAGAGAGAGAGAAGAGCUUGAAAGGCAAAAGAAGGAAGAGCUAUCACAGCGCAUAGCUGAAGAACGAGCUCGCCGAGAGGAGGAAGAAGCUCGCAGACAGGAAGCGGAGAAAAAACGAAAGGAUGCAGAGGAGGAGCGGGAGAAGGAAGAACGGCUGCGCCGACAGGCAGAAGAGAGAGAACAGAAGGAGAAAGAAGAGAUGGAGCGCAUUCAGAAACAAAAAGAAGAGGAAGCUCGCCUACGUGAGGAGGCAGAGCGGGUUCGAUUAGAACGUGAAAAGCAUUUCCAAAGAGAAGAGCAAGAGCGCUUGGAAAGGAAGAAGAGGCUUGAGGAGAUCAUGAAGAGAACUAGGCGUGUAGAAGCUGUAGAUAAGAAACCAAGUGACCAGCAAAAUGGACAUAUAUCAAAGACAAAUAUUUCUGGAGAAGCAGUCGUAACCAGUCCUGCAUCUCCCUUGGAACCCGCAGUUGGACCUCAGCUUCAGCACGCAGCACAACCUCCGCACAAUGGGAAACCCGUCACCUGCACACGCGUGAUUGUUUCGCACCAACCCACUGUAAAUGUGGACAGCAAUCAAAAUCCAGAGAAAAAUGCAAAUGAAAAUGGAAUGUCUAUGCAGAAUGAUAACUUUGAAGAGAUCAUAAACCUGCCUGUCGGUUCCAAACCAUCCCGGCUGGAUGCCAUGAACAAUGAUGGAAGCAAUAGUCCCGAAAUUCCUUUGAAUCCAAUUCUAGCCUUUGAAGAUAAGGGGACUCUUUUGCCUCAGGUAGACAGUGUUCAGACACAUCAAACAGCAGAAGUGAUCUGAUUGUUUCUCUGAAGAACCAAAGGUGAUUACGAGCAUCUCUGCAGUCAGUGGAAUUUCUUCCAUGCUAUGAAGGAGUGUUUUAUUUUUUUCUCUCCAGUUUUUUAAAGAUUUCUUGAAUAUCUUUUUUGGAAGGACUUUAGUAAAACCAGCAGAAGAAAUGAUGGGAAUAGAUUUGGAUCACCUUUCUAAUAGCUUUCAUCACUAGAAAAAUCAUGCUUCACGUGCAUUACUUAAUAUGGCUUUUUCCAACGAGCUUUUCUGUUAGUAAAUGGAUAUUCCUGCAUUCCUUAAGACACAGGACACUGGAAUCUGAAAGCAAUGGGCUGAUUUGGGUGGUGGGACUGAUUCUUUUUUUAAAAAGGUUGGUGUUGGUUUGAAUGGUAUAAUUGUAAAGUUGGCAAAGAAUCUUUUACACUUCGUGGUUCUAAUACUUGAAAAAUAAAUACCUCAUUGCUCUACAAGUAGAGUUAAUGGGGUGUUUUAUUUAAACCUGUUGGUUUAACUAUUAUUGCAGAGAACUCUAAUUAUGGGGGCAAAGUAUAGGCUUCUGUAUCAGGUUCUUGUAAAUGUAAUUCCCACAGGGACAUUCUGUAAAUUGAGACGUCACUAUGAUCUUCUCGCAUUUUCUCUAAAAACAAAAGGCAGGUUUUAAAAUGUGACGAUUUGAAAGGAUUAUUUUUUCAUGGACAAGAGGAAAACCUAUUGUUCUCCUAGAUUAUGUAUUUAUGAAUUUUGUUCAGUGCAGAAAUAAAUUGUUUAAUUGAAUAAAUUAGAAAAAUGUGGUAAAAUGAUACUGCAAACUUGAUUUUUUUAAGUUACAUCCAUGUUCACUAUACUAUAAAAGAUGUGUACGCGUAUGCGCACACACGUGCACACACACACACACACACAAGGAAAUACCUUGUUCUGAGUCCUGUAAAUUGCUGCUGUUCCCAAUGAUGGAAGAUUUUCCUUUGCCUUAUCAGACUACUGAAGACUGUGUGAAACCCGAAAUAUUUGAUUUUUGGAUGAUGAAGUAGGUUGGUUCGGGGAUUUUUCGGUUUUGCUCGUUUCAGAGCAAAUGGAAAAUGGUCACUGUUUGUGCUUUUCCUGUAGUGUGUGAUUUUUAUGAAGCAGUACAGCUUGAGUGAUAAGAGAAGCAAUGGAGGUUGCUUUCUCUUUAGUUUGAUGCUAAUUUCUACUGUCAUUGUUCCAUCCCUCACCUUUGGUUGCUAUUGGGCAGAACUGUAAAUUCUUGAACCUUUUUGUACUUUGAUAAACAAUGCUGUUGCAGGUAGAGCUCACUUGGUAUUUGAGUUUAAAGCACCAAGCAGGGCUUGAUGCAUUGCUCACUGAAACCUUGGCUAGUGGAAACGGAGGUUGGUGCUACCAGAGAAUAUACUGUGAAGAUUCCUGCACUUGCCUUUGAUGAGCACCAAGCUGGGCCUGUAGGAGGCUGUGCAGAAAGUCUGUGCCAGCGGAAGAAAUCCUCUGAGACAAAAACUGAAGAAUUUUUGAAGAAAUUGCUUUCUGCCACUGCCAAGUGUUCAUCUUAUUCAGGAGAUGGGAUAAAAUCAACAGAAAUGCAACAGAAAAGAGACUUCAUCUGCCAGAAUAUAUACGGAAGGGAAAAAACAGCCAUUCAGUCAGAAUGCUUUCCGUAGUAGCUUGUGACACAGUGAAAUGAAUUGGGUUCCUUUCUUGCUUUCUUUAGUUUUCCACGUACAUAGCCACAAUAUUUUGAAGUGUCUAAAAUAUGUAGUUUUUCUUUAAACCUAUAUAUAGCAUGUAAGUACCAAAUAAAACUUGUUUGAAAUAUUUA